AGGAGCUGAAGGAGUACUUCUCCCAGUUCGGGUCCGUACAGAGGUGCCAGCUGCCGUUUAACAAAGAUACAGGCUUUCACAGACGUUACUGCUGGAUCAAAUUCUCGACUCCACAAGAAGUUCAGAAUGUGUUUCAGAAGGACUCCCACAUACUUGAAGGUGCCAAGCUCACUCUCAGACACCAGACCCGUAGAAGACGCAGUCAAAGACAGAAUCAGAGUGAGUGA